AUGGUCCUGGUGGUGUUUCUCCUCGUGUUGGGGUUCCUCGUCUCGACCGGCCAGAACGACGACGACCAAUGCCAGCGGAGGACCGACGAGCAACUUAUCUGGGAGUACGACGUUCGAAGAUCGUACAGGAUCGGCGGUUACCAAGAAGUCGAGGCGGAGUACGGGCCAACGAACGCGACCAUCACGUGCAUAGGUGUCGAUCCCGUGUCCGAUGAAAACAACGGCGCCAUGUGGGUGACUUCCGGUGGGAUAGGCCACAACUUCAUCAAGAUCAAAUUCAGGUCCAAGUACUCCAGAGGCCUUCGUUACAGAGUCUACGUCUACGGGAAACCGCACUGA